AUGCAAGAAUUGGUUAGAGAUUACCAUAAGGAUUCAGGGGUGGCUAGAUGUGCUCUUAAGCUAGAUCUUAUGAAGGCCUAUGAUUCCGUGUCCUGGGGCUAUCUCUUUGAAAUUAUGCAGAUUAUGGGGUUUCCUUCUCUGUUUAUCAGAUGGGUGCAUCAGUGUGUCACUACAGCCAUGUAUUCCAUAGUCAUCAAUGGGGGUCUUGUUGGGUAUUUCCCAGGGAAAAGGGGUCUUAGGCAGGGGGACCCCUUGUCCCCUUAUCUUUUCCUCUUGGUCAUGGAAGGGUUCUCUUCUCUAUUUCAGUUCAGAAUUGGACAAGGGGGCUUUUCUUACCAUCCAAAAUGCAGAGAGCUUCAUUUGUCUCAUCUAAUGUUUGCUGAUGAUUUGUUCAUAAUGUGUGAAGCAGAUCUUUCCUCCUUUCAGCUUGUUAGAACCAUGUUGAAUGAUUUUUACUCUAUUUCUGGGUUACAACCUAAUCUUCAUAAGAGCUGUGCCUACUUUUCUGGGGUCUCUAAUGAAAACAAGUAUGUUCUUAUGCCAAUCUUAGCUAUUUCAGAAGGGAGACUUCCUGUUAAGUAUCUUGGUGUCCCCCUCAUUACAGCUAGGCUUCGUGCUUCUGACUGUCAAGUUUUAUUGGAUAAAAUUGUGAGCAGAAUUCAGUCCUGGAAUAACAAAGCAUUAUCUUAUGGUGGUCGUGCUCAACUUAUCCACUCUGACCUCUUUAGUACUGGAAUCCAAAUGAAGUCUAGUGGUGCUAAAGUGACUUGGGAGGCUGUCUGUUCUCCUAAAGAUGAAGGGGGUUUGGGCUUUAGAGUCCUUAAAGAUUGGAACAAGGCAGCUAUGACCAAACACUUAUGGGCUCUUGCCCUGAAAGCUGACACUUUGUUGGUUAAGUGGAUUCACACUUACAUAAUCAAAGAUCAAUGCCUCUGGACUAUCCCUAUUCCUGCUUCUGCUUCUUGGACAGUUAGGAAAUUGUUUAACCUGAGGCCUCUAGUUCAUCCUUGGAUAACUAAUGUGGUGGGCAAUGGUAAGAAUACGUUUUUAUGGCUGGACAACUGGCAUCCUCUAGGUCCUCUUUUUGCUAGAUUUGGCUCCAGGGUUGUUUAUAAUUUGGGAAGGCAUCUCCAUGCUAAAGUUGACACCAUCAUUUCUGACCAGUCUUGGCAAUGGCCACGGGGUAGAAAUUCUAUGACUAGGGACAUUGUGAGGGCCACCCCUGCUCAUUUUGUCCCUCACCCUUCGCAAGAGGACAGAGUUAUUUGGAACCUAACCCCUAAUAACAAAUUCUCUAUCAAGUCAACUUGGAAUGUUGUUAGAAGGCAGCAUCCCCAAGUUAAUUGGUGCCCAAUUAUUUGGUUUAAGUAUCAUAGAACCAUGAACACCACUUCUUUCAGUGCCCUUACUCUUCUGAAGUCUUUGCAAAAGGAUUUGAUACCUCAAUGCCUUGUCGACGGGCUGCCCCAAAUUAUGGACUGGAUGAUUCAAGUUGAUAAGGGGACACAAUUUUCUUGCCUGUUAUUGAAAGUUGCUCUUGCUGCUCCUCUGUACCAUGUUUGGGGAGAAAGGAAUGGUAGAAUUUUCAAAGGCUAUGGAAUUUCUGGUCAGCAGUUAGAAACUAAAGUGCGAACUGAUAUUCGAGCAUGUGUUAGUUCCUGGAGGAAUUUUCAGGAGUUUGUUCCUGUUAACUUGUUUAGUUGGUUGGAUAGGGGCAUUAGUCACAUCAGUAAGUGCUUGCAACGGGGAUUAAACAAUAGUUCAUACACUGAUUGCACUGGCAUUAGUCGCAUCAAUAAGUGCUUGCAACGCAGAUUAAACAAUACAGAUAUAAAUAACACGGUUAGGAUACGACAACAAAUCCCUAUUUUAGUUAUUCAAUUAACUGAGCAGGUAUGGAUGUUAGGUGUGGAAGCAUAUGGCCUUCCAGAAAUACGGAGGGCACUAAAAUGGCUUCAGACCACUGGAGGUGGAAGAGGAGAGAGCUCAGAGCAGCUAUAUAUGUGUGAGUGUGUGUGUGAUGGCAGUGGAGAGCAGUCGAACCAGGCCUUACCCAUGGAGGAAGGAGAGGUCGGUCAGCUGAUUACCUUCCUUCCCAAUGGUGGAGCUUCCCAAUGGUGGAGCAGAAGGGAGGUUGACAAGGUUUUACUUUGA